AUGUCUGGGGAGGUCGCUCAGCUCAAGCAUGAGGGCUCACAGCUGCAAGUCGUGGCCGCGGGCGCUAUUGCGGGCCUCGUCUCACGCUUCGUGAUCGCACCUCUCGACGUCAUCAAGAUCCGCCUCCAGCUCCAGGUCCACUCGCUGUCCGACCCUCUGAGCACCCGCGGUGUUCAAGGACCUACAUAUAAAGGAACCCUCGGAACGCUUAAAUACAUCCUCCGCGAGGAAGGACUCACGGGGCUAUGGAAGGGCAACGUUCCGGCAGAGCUCAUGUACCUCUGCUAUGGCGGCAUACAGUUCUCUGCCUACAAGUACAGUUCGACUCUCCUUGAGUCCAUUCCAGCCCCUUAUGAGCUCCAUGGCUCAGCAGUCUCCUUCAUCAGCGGAGCAACGGCGGGCGCAUGCGCGACCACGGCGACAUACCCCCUCGACCUGCUACGGACGCGAUUUGCAGCGCAGGGAACAGAGCGCGUCUACACGUCUCUCGCUGCGUCGAUAAGGCACAUUGCACAACACGAAGGUCCCAAGGGCUUCUUCCGCGGACUGGGCGCUGGCGUCAGCCAGAUCGUGCCCUACAUGGGUCUCUUCUUCGCCAGCUACGAAGGCUUGAAGCCUGUCAUGGCGAACUCGCCCCUUGCCCUUCCGUUCGGAGGCUCGGAUGGUCUUUCCGGGAUCAUCGCCAGCGUGUUUGCCAAAACCGCCGUCUACCCACUCGACACUACACGAAAGCGACUACAAGUCCAGGGCCCGAUGCGAUCUAAAUUCGUCCACCGCAACAUACCCAUGUACUCGGGCGUUAUCAGCACACUGGUGACCAUAUCGAAGCGCGAAGGAAUGCGAGGAUUGUAUCGGGGGCUGACAGUGAGCUUGCUAAAGGCGGCGCCGGCAGCUUCGGUGACCAUGUGGACGUAUGAGAGAGCCAUAGCCGGCAUGUUGAUGCUGGAGGAUGGACGACGGGCCGAAUAA